UUUCCUUUUAAUAGUCUCUCUAUUGCCGGUUCAAAAACCAUGGAUGCACAACAAAACAUCUCCACUGGAGAAAAGGUGCAAGAGCUAGAAGCGGAGGUAGAGCGUCUUAGGAAAGAGAACGAAAAUCUCAGCUUGUUGUUUGGUGUCAUACACAGCAACUACAACAGCCUCAAAUCCCAACUGCAACUGAGGCAGAUACAAGAAAGGGGUGGCCUGUUUGCCUGCACAGAGAGUUGCUCAAGCCAGGAGUCAAACAAGAGAGCAAAGAUUGAAUUCCCUAAAGAAAAGACGUCACAGGUCUUGUUUAGGACUGAUUCUACAGAUACUAGCUUAGUAGUGAAAGAUGGAUACCAAUGGAGAAAAUAUGGACAGAAGAUCACCAAGGAUAACCCAUCACCUAGAGCUUAUUUCAGAUGCUUUAUGUCUCCAAGAUGCCCUGUCAAGAAGAAGGUGCAGAGAUGCUUGUUGGAUAGGUCACUUCUUGUCGCGACUUAUGAAGGAGAACACAACCAUGAACCAGAUGCACGCCACGUUUCACCAUCUCUAACAAAUGGUUUAGUCAUGGCGUCAACCACCAGCUCCUAUUCUCCCACAGUUAAUCCUUUUGCACCAAAUAUAACCCUUGAUCUAACUCUUUCUGGGACCAAUCAAGAGAUGAAAGAGCCCUCUCAGAGAUUCGUAGAAGACAGCAAAAACAGGAUUGAAGAUUAUGUAACUUCCUUACGAAGGAUCCAAACUUCACUGCGGCCUUAGCCGCUGCAGUUGCACGCUCAGUCACUCAAUUUCCUCUUUAAAUUAUGUGUUUUUAUGUUGU